AUGGGUUGUGCACCAACUAAGCCAAUGAUGGAUUUAUCUCAUCAAGGUCUUCACAAGUUGAAAAUGGAAAAUGGGUAUGUGAAAGGGUCAAGAAAGUCUAUUUCGGGGAGUAGGAAUUCGACUAGUAGUAAUGGUGGUCGGAAGGAAAAGGUGGUGAUGAGUGGUAGAGAAGAGAGGGAGGGGAAAGAAGGGACUCGUAGGAGUAGUGGAAGUGGUGGCGGUGGUGGUGGGACUAGUAGUAGUGGUGGCGGUCGUGGUGGUAGUGAUAGUGGUGGCGUGAUGAGGAGAGGUAGUGGUUCGGAUGAUCAAGAUGAGUUGGUUGAUGGUUGGCCGAAAUGGCUCACGGAUAAUGUCCCUAAAGAUUCUCUUGAUGGUUUGGUCCCAAAGAGCGCUGACGCUUAUGAUAAGCUUGACAAGGUCGGGUCAGGGACUUAUAGCAACGUGUAUAAGGCAAGAGAUCGCAAAACCAAGAAAAUCGUAGCUUUAAAGAAGGUUCGUUUCAACACUUCUGAGCCUGAAAGCAUAAAGUUUAUGGCACGAGAGAUCAUGAUGUUGCGGAAGCUAGAUCAUCCCAAUAUCGUGAAGCUUUUAGGCUUAGCAACGUCACGAAUGCAAUACAGUUUAUAUCUAGUCUUCGACUAUAUGCAAACCGAUCUAUCUAGGAUCAUUUCUAGGCCUGAUGAAAGGCUUAAUGAGCCACAGGUGAAAUUUUAUAUGCACCAAUUGCUUUCGGGUCUUCAACACUGUCACGAAAGAGGGAUUUUGCAUCGAGAUAUCAAAGGGUCGAAUUUACUGAUUGAUAAAAGUGGGAAUCUAAAAAUUGCUGAUUUUGGGCUUGCAAACUAUUACAAUCCCACAAAACCACAACCUCUUACAAACUGUGUAGUGACACUUUGGUAUCGAUCCCCUGAGCUUCUUUUAGGUGCAACACGCUAUGGACCAGGUAUCGAUCUUUGGAGUGCUGGUUGUCUCUUGGCUGAAAUGUUUGCUGGAAGACCCAUUUUGCCUGGGAGGACCGAGGUUGAGCAACUUCACAAGAUUUUCAAGCUUUGUGGGUCACCAUCAGAUGAUUAUUGGAAGAAACUAAAGUUAUCAACGACGUUUAGACCUCCACAUUCAUACAAACCAAAUCUUCGUGAAGCGUUUAGAGACUAUCCAAGAUCAGCAGUUGGACUCUUAAUGGUUCUUCUUGCUCUAGAUCCUGGUUAUCGUGGUUCGGCUAGCUCUGCUCUCCAACACGAGUUCUUUCACACUAGCCCGUGGGCAUGUGAUCUUAGUGGUUUGCCUGUCAUUCAAGUAGACGACGAUGAUUUGGCUCAAACAAACGAGAUAAGAAAGAUUAGAAAGGCAAGGACACGACAAAAGGCUAGAAAACUGAAAGAGCAACAGAAUAAAGAUCAAACAGUCCAAAUUCCAAACCUCGAAUCAGCUACUUUGAAAGAGGUACAUUCUUCCAACCCAGACGCUGCCAGGAAAAGUGACGAGUUCGUGAAGACCAAAAGAAGCCCGUCUUCACCCAGCAUAAGGCCAAGUCCAACCCAAGAAACACCGGCUCCUUUGCCAUCUCCCGAUAAUUUAUAUCAACGCUACCAAAAGCAAAUGAGUGAGUCACACCCGAACGCAAAAAUGAACAUCAAGAACCGACCUCCUUUACCGGGCGCAAAAAGAUUAUCAGCCAAGUAUGGUGGUAUGAUCGAUGAGCAUCUGACCCAUGUUCCGAGGUCUUCCUCUACAAGGGAGCAUCGGAAGAUGGAUCAGAGAAAAUUCGACCUACUUGACAAUUAA